AUGACCACAUCGCUGAUACAACUUGUGAACCCACAAAAACGCGAAAACUUUCUUCUCGAACUUCUCCGGUUGGAUGGACAUGGCAAUUACAUUUUCGAUCAAAUCUGCAAGGGCCGCGAUGGAUGCCAGGAAUAUCCAGACUACCGAUGUUGGGAUUGUUUUGGCACAGCUUUGUAUUGCAAAGGAUGCACAUUGGUGAGACAUCAGGAAAGUCCAUUACAUAGACUUCAGCACUGGAUUGAUGAGCACUUCGAGAACACUAGCCUCAAAUCCCUCAGUCUCAGAAUUCAGCUUAGCCAUCAUGUGGGAGAACACUGUUACAACCCAGUGUCAACAGCAUUUCAUAAUGACUUUGUUGUUCUCGAUACCAAUGGCGUACAUUCAGUUGCAGUGGACUUCUGUGGAUGCGAGACAGCUCAAUCACUAACAACUCAGCUCCUCUGUGUCCAGUGGUUUCCAGCAACAUCCCUUAAUCCUAAAACUGCUGGAACUUUUCGGCUCCUUUACCACUUCCAUAUUCUCACAUUUGAAUCAAAGGCAUUGGCCUUUGAAUGCUGGCAAACACUGUCACGGCUAUCUGAUAACUCUGGCGUCAAUCAUCCCAAGGAUCGCUAUGAAGCACUGCUUCAAAUGAUCAAAGAAUGGUGGAACUUGACACUGCUCAAACGAUUUGGUUGUGGGCAUGAUAUUGGAGGUAUUGAUGCCACUCAACCUGGUUCUUGUGCUGUCCUCUGCCCUGCUUGUCCCCAGCCCAGCAAAAAUUUACCGCAGGGCUGGGAGGAUACAACUCCUGAAAAAAGGUGGCUUUAUGGAAUUUUUGUGGCAAUCGAUGCGAACUUUUGCUUAGCGCGGAAGAACAUUUCCUCUUACACAGUUGAUCCAGGUCUGAGCAAUGGAUGGUCAUACUUCAUGGAAGAGAAGAGAUACAAGACCUUCCUUAAUGAAGUCAGCAAGCAGCCGCAGGAGAAAAGUACAUGUAUAAAUCACAAUGCUGUGAACCUAGCAGAGAUGAAGAACUCCCGUGGUCUUGCAGCAACGGGUGCCAGAACAGUUGAUUCCAGAAAUGAAUCCCUACAGCGUCAUAACUUUAAACGACCAUGCGCCGUUGGAGACCUUCAGAAGGGGGAAAAAUACAUGAAUAUGGAUUAUCUAUUUUGCUCCACCAUGCAGUAUGCAAAGGAUCUCCUCUACCCUAAUCAUAUUCACUUCAAAUGCUCCGACAAAUCUAUCACAUUUCUUGUCCCCAAGUUCCAUCUUCCAGCACAUAUCUUGGCAUGUCAGAUUACUUAUUCACACAAUCUCAUCAGAGGUAUGGGACAUACCGAAGCUGAGGCUCCUGAGCGAGGCUGGGCUAACAUCAACCCUGUGGCUACACAUGAAAUGGGACUGGGCUCUCGGUGUGAUACUCUUGAUGAUCACUUUGGCGACUUCAAUUGGAAGAAACUUACCAAUCUGGGUGUCAGUCUUUUGCGAAAACUCAAGGUCACUAUACCCGAAUGUGACCAGCACCACCACAAUUUUCUCGAGUUUGACAACACUCGCAUUGAAGAAAGACCAGAGGAGGUGUCACGAUGGAAAAUUGCUAUCGAAGAGUGGGAAGCGGACAUGUCCAUGACAAAUCCCUUUGGUGCAACUACAACAACUAUGACACAGGCAUCUGUAAGGCUGAGUCUCUCCCAGAAUGAGGCUGAAGACCUCGAGUGUGGCGUCGAUCAUUCUCUUCAUAGUGAGAUAUCGCCUACUGUUCUUAUUUCAAUGGGCAUCGGAAUAGAGGAAGAGCAUCCAGCUCUUAUAUAUAUGCCCUUGGUAUCACGCAUUCGAACUACCUGCAAUUCUAAUUCAAGAGCCUUUGAGGAAAAGGCACAUGAGAUCAAUCUACUCCUUCCCUCCAAGUUGAAGGAGCACACCCUGGAUGCAGUAUGCAAUGAACGGCUCUGCCGUUUUGAAUGGGAACUGCAUCGAGGACAAUCCUUCAAUGCACUUGACGACCUCGGCCACCAUCUCCUCUUAUCCAACAUGUGUGCUUCCGCCGUAAUUGGAAAGGUUGAAUGCAAUGUCAUAGAGGCUGCAGACAGAUAUCGCAGGGUGAGGAACACCCUCAAAAAUCUGCAUGAGACGCUUGGAGAACAUGACUGGCAGGAGCAAGCACAUGUCCAUAGCAUGUCAGAAGGUGAGGCAGGACAAUCAGAGGGCAAUCGGAUGCUCUCAUGGAUCUGGAAGAUGCAUGCAUUACAAAUUGAAUGGUGUAAAGCAAGGGCACACGCAAAUUGCUGGAUGGAGGAGGUCCAACUUCUGCUAGAGGAAAUGCGGUAUGUCAGGGAAUUUUUGUCUUGGCAUGCUACAUGGUGGGAUGAACAGGCAGACCAGAGAGUUGAAUUGCCUGCUGCUGAAGCAGAAGGCAUCAAAGGGUACGCGAGAUGGCAAGCAGUUCUUCGGAGGAACACUUGGGAUGCGUUCAUGGAAAUGUGGAGUGGAUUUAGGCAUCUGAAUGAAGGGACCAUCAAUGGAAGAAAAGAAGCAUACACAUGUCAUCGAGAUCACAGAUCUGGCUUUGGACUGCAUGGUGACAGUGCUGAGGCUGGGCCUGAUCACAGAUUUAACUUUGGACUGUGA